AUGGAUGGCUAUAUAAACAGACCUCUCAGCCAAACUUUGCCGGAGAGCGGGGAUCCGACCACCGGAUUCGCGCUUUUACCUCCGCAGGUCGUCAACGAUGACGGGCCCCCGUCGAACCAGAGCUCGCCCUACGUCCACAGCUUCGUGUCCGCACUGCAAAGAGCCGGCCACACCGUUUCAGUAGUCUUGCCACACACCCAGCGGUCCUGGAUUGGUAAAGCCCACAUCGUUGGUCAGGCCAUCAAGCCGACAUACUUUCGGCCCGGUACACUGCACGAAGACGACGGCGUAGCAACAACCCACCCCCUCCCCGCCGACUCCUCCGAGGAAGAAUGGAUCCUCAUCGACAGCACGCCUGCCAGCUGCGUCCAGAUCGGGCUAUACCACUACUUCAAGUCGCGCGGUCCGAUUGAUCUCGUGAUCUCCGGUCCCAACUACGGCCGCAAUACCACCGCCGUCUUCGCGCUCAGCUCCGGGACGCUGGGCGGGGCGAUGGAGGCCGCAAUCUGCGGCGUCAAGGCUAUCGCGCUGAGCUAUGCGUUCUUCGACCGGAACCAUGAUCCAGAGAUUAUUGGGGCCGCAAGCGAGGUCAGCGUGCAGCUGGUGGAGAAGCUGAUGAGAGAUUGGAAAGAAGAAAGCGGGGUACAGCUGUAUAGUAUCAACGUACCGCUGAAGCCGGAUGUGCGGGAGAGCAAGAUCGUGUGGACGAGAAUGCUGCAAAAUCAAUGGACCAGUGGAAGUUGCUUCCAAGAGAUUGAAGUGCCGGACGAUGAAGAUCAGGGACCGGAAGAGAGGGAGAUGGAGAUUCGAGAGGGUGGAGAGAAUAACGGGAACAAUACUCCGAAAGAGGACGGUCAUAUACGGUUUAUGCAUAAGCACUUCAAGUGGGCGCCAAGAUUCAAGGAUGUGUACGAUAGCGUGGAGAAGAACGGACCGGGUAGCGACGGAUGGGCAGUGCAGCGAGGCAUGAUCAGUGUCACUCCUCUUCGCGCCAACUUCAUGCACGUGGACGCCAUGGAAGGCGAACUGAAGCUGUGA